UAAUUGACUUCUCUAUUCUAUUCUUUUUUUAUUGGUUUUACUAUCUGUAGGUGGUUUCAUAAUCAUUGAAGUAUGGGAUUUGGAAAAAUCAAAACAGGCUUAAUAAUUUAAGUAUUUAUUAAACGGUAGAAACUUUUUAAGUUACAUUGUUAGAUUUGCAACGAUUAUCAGCAAUGGCUGCUUUAAUAAAACUUCGUCACAUGCCCGUUGUGCAGAGAUCUGUUUGGAAUUACUUUUCGAAAGCUAGUCGCAAUAUUUCGACUUCAAAGAAGAAUAGUGAUACGGCUACUACAGCAUGCGAAACAAAUAAAACAGAAGAUAAAAAUUGGGUCAGUUACGGAUUUGAUUAUGAAAGCAAAGAAGAAGAUACGAAUGCCCACCACGCGUCUUUCUUCUUCUCAGUGACUUUAUGCCUUGUUUUCGGAGGAUUCUCCUGGGCGUACGCCCCUGACGUACACAUGAGAGAUUGGGCUCAAAGAGAAGCUUAUUUAGAACUGCAUCGUCGUGAAAAAGCAGGACAACCUCCAAUAGAUCCUAAUUAUGUAAAUCCCAGUACAGUAACACUACCUUCCGAAGAUGAACUGUGUGAUGUUGAAAUUAUCAUUUAAUUUGAAAAGUGAUUUUUGGAGUUUUCAAAUGUAGAUAAAUGUUAUGUAAUUGCUUAGUAAAUCAAAUAUUUGUUUA